ACUAAGCUUCCUAUUUUUGUAAUUCGAGAUUGAUAGUUUUCAUUUCGGAAACAUAAAAUGAGGAGAGAAGGCGGGUUCGAUUUGGUAGCGAUAUCGUUGGUGGUAGCGCUCGGGCUGAGCUUGUACGCAGGGCAGAUGCAGGCAGCGAUUACUCUGACACCAGGGUCGAAGCUGCUGAAGCGGCAUUUCUACAAGAAGCUCAACACGUGCGCGAAUGUGGAGCCGUUCGUGAGGCAUCAAGUUACGUUGUGGUGGAAUCGAGAGAAGAGCAUUACCGCCAAGCUGCUUAAACUACUCUAUGCCGACUGCAUGGUUAAUGGGUGCGAUGCAUCGAUUCUAUUGGAUGGUUCAAAGACGGAGAAAAAAUCUAACAAGAACUCAGGACUGGAUGGGUUCGUGCUGAUUGACAAGAUCAAGAAGGUUCUAGAAAUACGAUGCCCCCGAGCUGUUUCUUGUUCGGACAUCCUCCACCUUGCUGCUCGAGACGCUGUUUACUUGUCGGGAGGACCUUCGUAUCCAGUGUACUUAGGCAGAAGAGACGGAAAGGAAUCUAAAGCGUCAUGGGUGGAUCUCCCCUCCCCAGCCAUCUCCAUCGAACAAGGAAUCGCCUACUUCAAAUCGAAGGGGCUAGACGAUAUGGACUACGCUACUCUUCUAGGAGCGCACACCAUGGGAAAGACACACUGUGCUAACCUCAAUGAUCGUCUCUACAACUUCAAAAACACGGGAAAACCUGACCCCUCCAUGGCCAAGUCCGAACUGGAGAAGCUGCGAAAGCAAUGCCCCAAAACCCUCAAGAAAGGCCAGAGAGACCCAACGGUGUUCUUGACAGACAGAAACGGAGAGCAGUACAAGUUCAGCAACAACUACUACAGCAACGUGGUGUCGAACAAGGCAGUUUUGAAGGUGGAUCAAGACCUGCUCCAGAGCUACAACACCACACAGCUGGCGCUUGAAUACGCUGGCAUGUUGGGGCACUUCAAGCAGCAGUUUGCGCUGUCAAUCAGCAGGUUGGGAGGCCUUAAUCUGCUCACCGGGAAGCAAGGGGAGAUUCGACUCAACUGCCGUUUCACCAACAAGAACAACCCCUAUAUCAAUCAUCACUUCAAAUAAGUUCUUCAAUAAAUCUCUUCUAAUUUUUUCGUUUUUUUUUUCAUUUUUACUAUGAUGGAAGGAGAUGGAAUGCGUUCAAGUGUUUUUUAACUAGUGUAUCGUUACACUAGUUUAUUUGUGCACGGAUGCACUAAAUAAAGUUUAUAAGCUUUCAGCAUA